CACCACGUUUACGUGAGCUGACUCUUCAUCAGUGCAUUCUGUAUGGGAACAAAUGACAGAUCUUUACCAGAGAUUAACCAGUGAUACCGGGGAGUGCUGUAACACUGGUGUCAUAUUUGCAGCAUGGAGACUUACAACUUAAGGGACCUGAGACACUCUCCUUGAAUGCGCCAAGACUGCCGCGGCAAAGGAUGGGCCCUUUUCUCCCGGCGAUUUGCGUCGUGCUGCUCGCCCUGAACGCCGCCGUCUCACCGGCCUCUGUCGGCCCUGAGGACUAUCCCGCCGCGGAAGAGGCUGAGAGAACUGCCAACAAUGACAUCAUUUUCGAUGACUACCGAGGGAAAGGCUGCGUGGAUGACAGUGGCUUUGUGUACAAGCUCGGGGAACGCUUCUUCCCUGGCCACUCGAACUGCCCGUGCAUGUGCACGGAGGACGGACCUGUCUGUGACCAACCCGAGUGCCCUAAAAUACACCCCAAGUGCACCAAGGUGGAACACAACGGGUGUUGCCCCGAAUGCAAGGAGGUCAAAAACUUCUGCGAAUACAGAGGGAAGACUUAUAAAAUCCUGGAGGAGUUCAAGGGAAGUCCACACCUCUAA